ACCCGGGGAACUGCUCCUCUCGCUGGUCCUGCGGCGGCGAGGCGGGGUUGAGCGCGCCGAGACGCGCGGGGCGCGGAGAUGUGCAAGUGGCGACGCUCGGCCGGGCGCAGGCGGGAGCAGCCGCCCAACUCCCCGCGCGGGAUCUGCUGAGAGGCCACGGUUUUAGGUGAUGGGAAGAUCGGAAAGUCAGAUGGAUAUAACUGAUAUCAACCCUCCGAAGCCAAAGAAGCCAAGAUGGACGCCCCUAGAGAUCAGCCUGUCAGUCCUGGUCCUGUUGCUCACCAUCAUCGCCGUGACCAUGAUCGCACUCUAUGCGACGUAUGACGAUGGUAUUUGCAAGUCACCAGACUGCACCAAAUCAGCCGCUCGACUGAUCCAGAACAUGGAUGCCACCGCUGAGCCUUGUACAGACUUUUUCAAAUAUGCCUGUGGUGGCUGGUUGAAACGCAAUGUCAUUCCUGAGACCAGCUCCCGCUACAGCAAUUUUGACAUUUUAAGAGAUGAGCUGGAAGUUGUUCUCAAAGAAGUCCUCCAAGAGCCCAAACCUGAAGAUAUAUUAGCAGUGCAGAAAGCCAAAACAUUGUAUAGGUCCUGUAUCAAUGAAUCUGCUAUUAAUAGCAGAGGCGGGCAGCCUCUAAUCAAACUGUUACCAGAUAUUUAUGGGUGGCCUGUAGCAACAGAAAACUGGGAACAAACCUACGGUACAACUUGGGCAGCUGAGAAAUCUAUUGCACGGUUGAAUUCUAAAUAUGGGAAAAAAGUCUUCAUUAAUUUUUUCGUUGGCACUGAUGAUAAGAACUCCACACACCAUGUAAUUCACUUCGACCAACCUCGACUUGGCCUCCCUUCGUUGGACUACUACGAAUGCACUGGAAUAUACGAAGAGGCUUGUACAGCAUAUGUGAAUUUUAUGAUUUCUGUGGCCAAAUUGAUUCGUCUGGAGGAAGGAUUGCCUAUUGACGAAAAGCAGAUUUCUUCAGAAAUGAAUAAAGUUAUGGAAUUGGAGAAAGAAAUUGCCAAUGCAACAUCUAGACCUGAAGAUCGAGUUGAUCCCAUGUUUCUUUAUAACAAAAUGACAUUGGCCCAGGUGCAGAAAAACUUUUCACUAGAGAUCAAUGGGAAGUCUUUCAGCUGGUCAAAUUUCACAAAUGAAAUCAUGUCAACUGUGAAUAUUAAUAUUCCAAAUGAGGAAGAAGUGGUUGUUUAUGCUCCAGAAUAUUUAACCAAACUUAAGCCCAUUCUUACCAAAUAUUCUGCCCGAGAUCUUCAAAAUUAUAUGUCCUGGAGGUUCAUAAUGGAUCUUGUAAGCAGCCUCAACCGAACCUACAAGGAGUCCAGAAAUGCUUUCCGCAAGGCCCUUUAUGGCACAACAGUAGAAACCGCCACCUGGAGGCGCUGUGCGAACUACGUCAACGGGAACCUGGAAGGCGUGGUGGGUCGGCUGUAUGUGGAGGCGGCGUUUGCGGGGGAGAGCAAGCACGUGGUUGAGGAUUUAAUCGCACAGAUCCGGGAAGUGUUUAUUCACACUUUAGAUGACCUCACUUGGAUGGAUGCUGAAACGAAAAAGAGAGCUGAAGAAAAGGCCUUGGCAAUUAAAGAAAGGAUCGGCUACCCCGAAGACAUUUCAAAUGAUAACAAAUUGAAUAAUGAAUACCUCGAGUUGAACUACAAAGAAGCUGAAUACUUUGAGAACAUAAUUCAAAAUUUGAAAUUCACCCAAAGCAAGCAGCUGAAGAAGCUCCGGCAAAAGGUGGACAGGGACGAGUGGUUAAGCGGAGCUGCUGUGGUCAAUGCCUUUUAUUCUUCAGGCAGAAACCAAAUAGUCUUCCCAGCGGGGAUUCUGCAGCCGCCCUUCUUCAGUGCCCACCAGCCCAACUCGCUGAACUACGGGGGCAUCGGCAUGGUCAUCGGACACGAAAUCACCCAUGGCUUCGAUGACAAUGGCAGGAAUUUUAACAAGGACGGCGAUCUCGUUGACUGGUGGACUCAGCAGUCUGCGAACAACUUUAAAGAGCAGUCCCAGUGCAUGGUGCACCAGUACGGGAACUUCUCCUGGGACCUGGCCGGCGGGCAGCACGUCAAUGGACUUAAUACACUGGGAGAAAACAUUGCGGAUAACGGAGGGAUCGGCCAGGCCUACAGAGCCUAUCAGAAUUAUGUUAAAAAGAAUGGCGAAGAAAAGUUGCUUCCCGGACUUGACCUGAAUCACAGACAACUGUUCUUCUUGAACUUUGCCCAGGUGUGGUGUGGGACCUACAGGCCAGAGUACGCGGUCAACUCCAUUAAAACAGACGUGCACAGUCCGGGCAAUUUCAGGAUUAUUGGGACGUUGCAGAACUCGGUUGAGUUUUCGGAAGCCUUUCAUUGCCGCAAGAACUCAUUCAUGAAUCCAGAGAAGAAAUGCCGCGUCUGGUGAUCCCCGCCAAAGCAGCACAGCCCUUGACUGGGCUCCUCAACAGCACAGAAACCUGGAACAUUUGAGCCAAGAGAACAGGGGCCCGAGGUCACUGCAGUUACCUGGGGGUGAUUAACAGAGAUGAGCGCAUCACAAUACCAGUGAGAUUAGGUUCUUCUGCAAAGGGUGUGGAGCACCAGGGGUCCCAGGUCUGUCAAACCAAUCAUGUCACACUGUAAAUACCGCUUCGUUUCUAAAGAUGAUAUCACCAUUCAUUUCUGGUUUCUCUUGUGAUUUGCCAGUUUGCUGUCCCUAGGAAACUUGAUCACUUUCGCCAGACCGGGAUUUCUAAUCAAAGGGAGAAAGAAGGUUGGGUUCAGCGGGUCAUGGAAAGCACAGUCACGAUACGCUGAUUUAAAACACACGGCCAGGCUUGUCUUCACCUUUAUUUGUAAUAUUAUGCUCUUCAAAACGCUUCCAAAGAAUUCUUAUCCAUUUGGGGGCCUCGGGUUGGAUGUAGUUUUAAAUUCAUUUUUCCAUACAUCAGUUAUUCAUUCUGCCAUCGUUUUAUUUUAAGCACUCUUAGGGCAAAAACAAAUGUCCAGAACUGUUUUUUGUUAUACCUGUCUGACUGAUAACUGAGAUUCUUGGGGGCCCCUGCAAUUUUCCAGACAAUCUCUUGCUCUCUCUGUCUCUCAACACUUGGUCUUUUAAAGGGAUUUUUAGUAAUGUAUUAAUAAUAAUUUUUUAUAUUUAAUUAAUUGCAUUUAUGCCUAAACAACUAUUAUUAUAGGUAAUCAUGGAAUAUUAAAGUUUCACACCAAGAUAAGCAGUUAUGAGCCAAGAUCCAUAAAGUGAUGUGCAGAGGAGAAUGUGAGACUUUUUAAAUUUAUAAAUUGAUUAAAAGCUUUAAGUACAAAGUUCGGGACAGAAAUGCCAUGGAACAGUUGUGUGGAGAUAGAUGAUACUUUGGUUUACAAGCAGGAUUUUCCAAAGCAAAUCCGUCCCCAAGGGUGGCUGAGAGGAAAGGGCAGAACUGGGUUUGUCAUCUGAUGCAAAUGCCUCGCUCACAAAGCCUGUGUGCAAGCCCCUGGCUUCAGAAGCAAGGUGUGCCUCCGACUGGCAGCGGGAGGCCUUGUGGGGCCUGCUUUUGGAAUUCCAAGUGGAGAAUUCCAGAAUGGAGAUUUGGAAGGGACCCUCAUCCCUCAUGGGGACCCAUCUCUUGAAACUUUAUGUUCCUCUUUUCCUGUUCUGUUGGCUAGUUCAGCUCAUUCAUUACCUGAUUAAAAUUUUACAAAAGAGGUGCACUUCCAAAGUCCUUAUUUUUCCUAAUAAAAGGUGAAAAUGGAAGAAUUUCUA